AUGGAUCCCGCCGCGGAAGAGCUGAAAAAUCAAGCAAAUGAAGUGUUCAAAAAUAAAGAUUACGAAAGAGCGCUAGAAUUGUACUCGAAAGCUAUUGAAGUUGAUGGAACAUCAGCUGUUUUGUAUUCGAACAGAAGUUUCGCCUAUUUAAAAACAGAGUCAUUCGGCGCUGCUUUGGAAGAUGCCGGCCGAGCAAUCGAGUGCGAUCCAAAGUACAUCAAGGGCUAUUACCGACGUGCCUCAGCGAACAUGGCAAUGGGUCAGUUCUCCAAGGCGCUAAAGGAUUACGAGAGCGUCUUCAAAGUGAAGCCAAAGGAUCCCGAUGUGCGCAAGAAAGUGACAGAGUGUAGAAAGAUUGUAAAACAGAGAGCUUUCGAAAGAGCAAUCGCAUCGGAAGAGAAGGAGGAAGCCCCACUGACAAAUUAUGAGAACAUCACGGUUUCUGACUCAUACAAAGGCCCUCGACUCAACGAAAACUGCCAGCCAACAGUUGAGUUUAUGGAACAGCUGGAAACCACCUUCAAAGCGCAGAAAGAGCUUCACAAGAGAUAUAUCUUCCACAUGCUCACUAUUGCGCUGGAAAAGUUCCGAAAGCUGCCGACGAUGAUUGAUAUUUCUGUUCCAGACGAUGGUAAACUGACAGUUUGCGGAGACACGCACGGACAGUACUACGAUCUUUGCAAUAUUUUCAAGUUGAAUGGUCCUCCUUCUCCCGAGAAUCCGUAUUUGUUCAACGGUGAUUUCGUCGACCGUGGAUCAUGGGGUCUUGAAGUGUUCAUGACUCUCCUCGGAUGGUGGCUGCACGAUCCCAAGUGCAUGUAUUUGACUCGUGGAAAUCACGAAACAAAGAACAUGAACGAGCUUUAUGGCUUUGAAGGAGAAGUCAAGCAUAAAGUCGGUCCAAAUGCUUUCCGAACAUUCCAGACGCUCUUCCAGUCGCUCCCCGUCGCGUAUCUUAUCAAUAAACGAGUCCUGGUAAUGCAUGGCGGUCUUCCAAUGGUUGACAAUAUCGAACUCGACGACAUCAGAAAGCUCGAUAGAUUCUGCGAGCCAGGCGAAGCCGGAACAUUGACAGAUCUUCUGUGGGCCGAUCCUCAAGAUGCGCCUGGUCGUGGAACCUCGAAACGAGGCACUUCUGCACAGUUCGGUCCCGAUAUCACUGCCGAGUUUUGCAAACAGAACGGACUAGACUACAUCAUCAGAUCGCACGAAGUGAAGGAAAAGGGUUGGGAGUCUGCGCACAAUGGAAAGUGCUGGACUAUCUUCUCAGCGCCCAAUUACUGCGAUCAAAGAGGCAACGACGGAGCCUAUCUUACCAUUCGACCCGACAACAAUCUGGUCCCGAUUCCCAACGAGUUCAAAGCCGUCGAGCACCCGCCAUGUCAACCGAUGAUGUACGCCAAUCCGAUGAUGCGAAUGGCCGGCCUUAUUUAA